UCACUAGCCGAGCCCACCGACUGAAAACACCCAGAAACCGAGCGAGCCUUCACGACGCAUGGAAAUAUGUAGUUAGUUCGCCACUUCAUUACAUUUCGACAGCAGGGGGGUGGUUUGGUGGAGUUGGAGAUCAGCUGUAAGAGAAGUUAACAUGGGUGGUCAUGAUGAUGAAGAUGUGGCAUACGUUGUGAAUAAACAAAAGCAAGAUGAGGAGCUGAAGAACAAGAUAAAUGAUGGCAGCCACUGGUGUGACCAGGAAUCCAUCGGUAACAACGCCAAGUGGGUUAAAGAAGGCCGGAACCAGCUGCGCAAAGUAGCUGAGAACCAACAAGAUCAGGACCAUAACUGUAACAUCAACCAGAAUGGCAACAAAGAAGACUUUCCUCACCAGAACAUCACUCAGGAAGAACAACAGGGAAACGAGGAACAGAGCAAGUCUCCAAAAAUAGCAUUGAAACCUGGCCUCAGUCAGGAGGAGUCCAAGAACAUCCUUAAUGAGCCGUUACUCAUCGACACGCUGGAGUCAACAGAGGAGAAAGAUAAAGAGAGAGAAGAGGAUGAUAAAGAGAAAAUUGACAAAUCUGAGGAGGAUGACGAUACUUCAAGCGACACCAGAGGAGAAAUAACAGCAGAUCAGAGUAAUGGAGAACCUCAAAGAGAUGGGGGUGUUGUAGGCAGAAACGCUUGCCUUCUCUUCUCCAAUAUGAAUGGGACUCCAAGUGAUGAAGAGGCCAGCUGGCCCGCGCUGUCUCAGGACAACACAUCUGACAGCACUCCAAAUGGCAACAGAGAGUCCUUUUGGGAUUCCAGUGCUUUUGAGACGGACACAGACCUGCCUUCAGGAUGGAUGAGAGUGCGAGACACAUCAGGCGCAUAUUACUGGCAUAUUCCCACAGGGACCACCCAGUGGGAGCCCCCGUCUCCUCUGGGUAAAGUUGGCGACUCCAUGAUGUCCUCCACCAUGUCCCUGGAGACUACGCCCUGUGAGGAACCCGAGGAAACUUGGGCUCAGCUUUCCAGCACAGAUGAAGGUGGCGAUGAAGGGGAGCUGUGGAAGGAGGAGGGAGAAGCUGCAUCUGAUCAAAGUCUGAAAGAGUUUGAAGGAGCGACUUUACGCUAUGCAUCCAUCAACUUAAAUUACAAUUGCUCCCAGUCUGAGGAAGAAGAGAAGCUUCCUCCACUGUGCACAGAUUUAGAAUCAAAGUGUUUUGCAGUGCGCUCCCUGGGCUGGGUGGAGAUGUCUGAGGAAGACUUGGCUCCUGGCAAAAGCAGCGUUGCUGUCAACAACUGCAUCAGGCAGCUGUCUUAUCACAAACACAACCUUCACGACACGGCUGGCAUCUGGGGAGAGGGCAAAGACAUGUUGAUGGUGCUGGAGAAUGACACAAUGAACCUGAUCGACCCACUGGGUCAGAAUCUGCUUCAUUCUCAGCCGAUUGGCAGCAUUCGUGUUUGGGGAGUUGGCCGAGACAAUGGAAGAGAAAGGGAUUUUGCUUACGUGGCUCGAGACAACUUGACCCAGGUUUUGAAGUGUCACGUUUUCCGCUGUGAUUCACCUGCCAAGAACAUCGCCACCAGCCUACAUGAGAUGUGUUCAAAGAUUAUGAUGGAGAGAAAAGCAAUGAAGCCAGGGAUGAGCAGGCUCAACUCUGACUCAAACAAACCUUUUGGCAUCCCUGUUGAAGAGUUUCCUGCUCCAAAAAAUGAGCUUUCCCAGCGCUUCCAUGUUUAUUAUCUUGGUUCUGAAACUGUAACUAGACCAGUUGGAAUGGAUAUCGUUAAUGAAGCAUUAGAGGCAGCGAUGGCUGGCAAAGACAAAAAUGACUGGACUCCUGUCUCUGUGAAUGUUGCUCCAGCCACGCUCACCAUCCUUUCUAAACAGGAUGAGAAGGUGCUGUCAGAAUGUAGAGUGCGUUUCCUGUCUUUCAUGGGCGUGGGCAAAGAUGUCCACACCUUCGCUUUUAUCAUGGCAGAAGGUCCCCGAGAGUUCACCUGCCACAUGUUCUGGUGUGAACCCAACGCUGCCAGCCUGAGUGAGGCAGUGCAGGCUGCGUGUAUGCUUCGCUACCAGAAAUGUUUGGAUGCUCGCCCACCUAGUCUGGCCUCCUGUCUGCCCACACCUCCCACUGACUCUGUGGCUCGGCGGGUUAAGAAGGGGGUGCAGAGUCUGCUGGGCAGCUUUAAGAGCUACAGGUCAGGUUCCCAAUCCCCCUGAGUUGGUGCACGGAUGGUCUACACUCCAUUAAACACAAGGUCCACCACAGCAACUCCUUGUCACUCUCACAUGUACUUAUACAUUAAUUAUUUUGUCAUAAUUUCACCUUAAAACUC